CACCAAUUCUACUUCGCCUCAAUUUAGACUGACAACAAGUAUGCAAUGGCUGACAGUUUACAAAGUCGCCGAGCUGAAAUGAAAGACUCGGCCUCUGUUAGUGAAACUGGAUCGGAUAAAGGUGACAUUUCUCAGGAAAAUAAGGAUGAAUCACAAGAAAAUGACCUUGGAUAUGUGGAAGAAAGAUUUCGCGUUGACCGAAAGAAAUUGGAACAAAUGUUACAAGGUAACUGGGAAAGGCAAGAUGAGGCUGCAGAAGACUUUUUUCAACGGAUAAUGGAGGAAACCAACACACAGAUAUCCUGGCCUUCAAAGUUAAAAAUUGGCGCGAAAUCAAAAAAAGAUCCCCACAUCAAAGUGGUGGGCUUACCAGAGGACAUCAGAGAGGCCAAAGACAUCAUCAUGUCAGUGCUAGACACUAAAAGCAACCGAGCCACACUGAAGAUGGACGUCUCAUAUACAGACCAUUCUCAUGUUAUUGGCAAAGGAGGCAACAACAUUAAGCGUGUCAUGCAGGAGACCGGCUGUCACGUCCACUUUCCUGACUCCAACCGGGGCAACAGUGUUCAGGAGAAGAGCAACCAGGUGUCAAUAGCAGGUCAACCCCAGGGAGUGGAGUCAGCAAGGGCCAAAAUCAGGGAGUUGUUGCCCUUGGUUUUCAUGUUUGAGAUCCCUGCAACGACCAUCCCGAUCCAACUUCCCGAUACCCAGUCUCCCACAAUGCAACAUCUGCAGCAGCAAUAUAAUGUUCAGAUCAGCUUCCGUCAGCGACAGAGAGGCUAUGGCACAACUGUCAUUGUCCGCGGGUCUGUUUACAACGAAAAACUUGUGAAAGAAGCCACUCUGAAAAUGAUGGACUGUAUACUAGGCAAACUGCCAGCCCCGCUGCCGGUGUCCAUGCAGCUUGAGAUAGCGCCCCAGCACCACCUGUUCAUCAUUGGUCGUGGAGGCAUGAACAUAAAGCAGAUCAUGCAGGUCACUGGGGCAGUGAUCCACUUUCCAGACCCGAACACUGUCGCACCCCAGAGGAAGGGGCUUGUCUUCAUCUCUGGGCCCAUUGAGAGUGUCUACCAGGCAAGACAGCAGCUCAUUGGAUGCCUGCCCCUGGUGCUGAUGUUUGAUGUGAAGGAAGAGCUGGAGAUGGACCAGGGGCGAGUGACCCAGUUGAUGGAGCAUCUGGACGUGUACAUCAGUGUCAAGCCUAAACCAAAACAACCAAGCAAAUCUGUGAUAGUGAAGAGCAUAGAGAGAAAUGCGUCCAACAUGUACCUGGCGCGGCUGCUACUGCUGGGGGUGGAGAAGGAGAUACCCCGCCAUCACCAUGCCAACGUGAUCACCGAGGAGGGGGGCAGGCACACCAUACUCAGUCUUAGUGCCUUAGGUUACUUCAGUCAGACCAUUCAGCCAGCCCUGCAAGUGAGCACAGCCAACCAGUUCCUUCUGCUUAAUGGUCAGAAGAGCCCACCCAGUACUUACCCAGCCCAGCUACUUCUAAUCAACGGUCAGAAAAGCCCACCCACCACCCAGCAAGCCCAAGUGGCCCAGCUAUCCCACCAGCCCCCAUCCACUACAUACACCACCCAAGCCUCCUACAACCAUGCCACCCAGUCAACCAUUUUCAGCAACCAGCAGAACGCUCACACGAACUCUUACAAUGGCAGCCACCUGACCAAUCAUGCAAGUCAGCCCAAUAUGUUAAACGUGAAUGGCCAGGUCAGCAUGGCUCCUGCUGGCAUGGCUACUAGCUUCAGCCCUCCUAGUCCGAAGAGUCCCCAGCCUGCGCAUCAAACCAUGCAGCAUGUCAUACAACCACCACCAGGAAUCUAUGGUGCACCGCGGAUGGCCAUGCCCCAGGUGUCGCUACAAAACGUGGUAGAUCUCAUGAAGGAGUGUGCCGUGACAUCACAGCGUGUGGAUCACUCUCACCACCAGUCUUCCUUCCCCGGGGCUCAGACCUUGAGAGAACCAGGUAUGAGUCACAGUGAGGGUCCAAGUCCGUCCAGAAGUCCAUGUGAGAGUCCAAAGACCUUCCGAGACUGCUCCAGUACCGUUGAUUUAGCUGGUCUAUCAUCGUCUGGUAAAUUUGUCUCCCAUCCGAAAGUGUCCCUGGACAGUGGUAGCUCACCGCUGGACCUACUCGGCCUCAACCUGGGUAAGCCUAACAAGCCUGGACUCAGUAGUAGCGCCCACACGAUGGACCUGCUGGGCCUGAGCAAGACAACCAACUCCCACCUGGGGAUGGGCAGCCUACCCUUUCACAGCAGAAACACUGGGGGGUCCUCUCUCCACGGCAGCUUAAAUCAUGGGUCCUUGCACGCAAGCCUUAAUAGUGCGAAGAUUCAGUCAGGACUGAAGAACGAGUCAUUGCGGGGUAGCUUGCACGGGAGUUUGAACUGCGGCUCCCUUCAUGCAAGUCUCAAUAACGGUUCCCUGCAUGGGAGUCUUAGCAGCUCCUCUCUACAUGCCAGUCUCAAUAGGAACUCAUUGCUGAACGGAGAUGACCAUAGAUUACUGGAGCCGGAUCACCUGGACCUGAGGGCGCCAGGUAUUGAACGCAAGACCUCACAGUCCUCUCUGUAUACAGAUCCUUUUCAGUCAUUUGGGGGAGAUUACGAGGAAAAGAAACUCAUGGCCAACAAAGCGAUGCAAAAGAAGCCUAUGGUGGAGUCGUCACGGACACCAACUGACUACUGGUCAGGUCUAAUGUUCUCAAAAUCAAUGCCCACUCAGGCCAUGAGGGAGUUCGGGGGCCUGAAACCAAGAUAUGAGCCACCCAUGGCUACAACGUAUGAGAGCCCAGGUGAUGAGAUCAUGGAGAUGGAUGACAGUCUGUGGAAGGCCACGCCCGCCUCCAUGUACAAACGACCUGUCGACCCCGCCCCUGGGGAGUUCCCAAGCCCAAGGAAGAAAUGGCCGGAAUAUGGCCUGAGUGCCAGCAACCACAUGGACUGUACCCUGGUGCCCAAGAAGUCCUACUGGUCACCAGAGCUGGACCUGGCAGAGUUGUUCAUCAAGCUGGGACUGGGAAAAUAUACAGAUCUGUUCCAGCAACAAGAGAUUGACCUCCCUACAUUCCUGACCCUGACAGACCAUGACCUUCGAGAGCUGGGUAUCUCAACGUUUGGUGCCAGAAAGAAGAUGCUCCUUGCGAUUGCAGAUCUGAAUAAGAGACGAAUGUUGAUGACAGCAAACAAUCACAUGGAGAAUACCGACUCCUUUCACGAGAAAGUCUCCCAUGACCAUGACGUGUCACAUGCAGGCAUCACUGGCCUCUCUGGCUGGUAACCAGACCAAUCCACACUGGUCCGCUGGUAACCAGGAUAAUCCACACUGGUCCACUGGUAACUAGGACAAUCCACACUGCUACGCUGGUAACUAGGACAAUCAAGAGUGAUCUGAUAAGGGUGAAACUUAACUGUGAGCCCCUUCAUUAUGUACAUGGACAAUCUACGAACACAAACUCUGAGCGUCGUUCUGGGAAAACUGGGCUAAAUGUAUGUGCAUAAACUAUUGUGUAAGAUAAGCUUGUGCUGUCUGCACAGGCUAAUCAGUAAAACAAACCUUUGUAGCUUAACUGGAUUUUUAUUUUGACGAUACUUCCUUUAAACAAAAAAUUUCAUACAAGAGGAAUGUGUUGUCUCUGAUUAGCCUGUGCAGACUGAGCAGGCUAAUCUGGGACAACUCUUUAUACAGACGCAUUUAGCCCUGUUAUCCCAGAAUUAGGUUGACUCUGAUUAUGGUGAUACAAAAUUGUGAGCUGCUUCUUUCUGUGAAGUGAAGUGCCCCUUAAACUCAGAUAAAAUUGAAGCUAAAGUCUCAGAGCCUUCAUGUAGUCAUUUGACAAUGCUUACGAACAUUGAUCAUGGUGACACUAUUCUAUGAGCGCCUGAAUGAUGUAGAUUGAUAAUCUACACUUAUCCAGAAAUGGUCAAACUAACCUAUGAGCGCCUGAAUAAUGCUGAUUGACAAUCUUCAGUUAUUCAGAGAAUUGUGUAAUUAAACUGUGAGCGCAUGCUUGAUGUAGAUUGACAAGGUCUUGGAGUUGUGGGUACAUUCUAGCACAGUAUUUCACAUUCAAAGACUGUUUUAAAACUGUCUGAUAGGGUUAGAUGUUAGAUGAGAAAAAAUCACAAGUUUGACAAGCUCAAGUUGUGCAAACUUACAGAACACAACUCUGCAAUAUACUCAUGUUGAACAUCCCAUACUAUGAUAAAGGAAGAGGAAACUAUUAGAUAAUUUAGUUAUUUCAACAAAGAUUUGUAACAUCAGCAUUUUUAGUGUUGAAUACAAGCAGUAUAUUUUCCUGAAAAUCGGUGUUUGAUUUCAACAUGCUGAUUGAUUGUGAUUUUUCAUGGAUAUCAUGAAAAUCCUCUCAAUGUAUGACUGAUUUUGUGGUAACAAAGGAGUGAAAAGUGUUGUGACAUAAACAUGGAACAGCACAAACAGUCACAAGGGAUAUUAGUUGUAACUUAAGUCAAGUUAGGCAGUUAUCAAUCUAUUAUCACUAUUUCUGACAUUAAUUACAGAUUGUCAGGGGUCUGCUAACCCAAGUUACAUAUGAAGUUAUUGUUUUAAUUGUCAUUACAUAUGCACACAUAGUUAUGACAUUAUGUUCUACUCUUUAUAUCCUGCUGGAGGCAUGUAUGACUCUUAUACAAUCAGAAGUAUCAAACCCCAACUAGUCAAUUUGUAUUUGUACUGACAAUUAACUUAAUUACAUAAAAAGUAUACAUUUUGGUCAUAUUCUUUUUAUAAGAUUAUAGGUAUGGAUAUAAAUGUGUAAUUUGGUUUAUAUACUCAAAUAUUUAUUUUUAAAAACUGAAACAAAACCCCACUUAGUCAAUUUACAAGAAUUAUUUUAUUUGGAUUAUUGACUAUAAGUUGUUGUUGUUACUUGGCUUACUGUGUAAUGAAACAUAUAUAGAUGCUAUAAUGUGUAUUGUUGGUAGUAAUAAAUCAUGUUUGCUUGUCAUUUUAUACCUUUCAAAGAACAUGCCUUCCUUAUUUCAGUCAACAGUAAAAUACUGGAAUACUUAUAAAGAGCAGAUCAAUUUCACUACUAGUACUUUUUAAAUAAUAAUUAAUAUUUGAAAACUAUAUAAUGUGUUAAUGGCAAUCCUGUGUUAAUUUAUGAAGCAUAAAAAUAAUUAUAUAAAGACAUUUUACAUUAUUUUUUGAAGAUUAUACCAAAUACAACUAUACAAGUAAUAGUAUAGGUUUUCUAUAACUACAGUUCCGAUUCAACUCUGAUUUGUUAAUAUUUCUUUGAUGUAGGAAAGAAAUGCAUGCUCUUUGAUUGGGGAAUUAUUCAUAUUUUAUCUUAUAGUCCCUGGACAAAAAUCUUGGACAACAAAGCCCAUGUUAUGCCUGUAACCCGAUCAUACGUCAUUGUGUACAUAGUAGCAUUGCUCAGCUAUUGCUAAAGGCAAACCCCAUUUUAUUUAUUGCCCCUUCUUUUGCAUUUUACUAUGUUUAUAGAUGCCUUUAUUGAAUUGUAUUGUAGAUUCUUAGAUGCAAUCAUCAAAGUCAAUGGAUCUGUACUGUUAUUUUAAUUAUUUUUUCAAUUGUAUUAUUUAGUUAAAAUGUUACUAAUUAUGUUAUUGAGCAAAUAUGUAUUUUAAGUGAUUUUUCCCAUGUUUGCAAAGAUGAAAUCCGUCCAUUUUUGUGAUAUAAAUGCAGCUUGUGUUUUUACAAGCAUUAUGCACAAUAUGCAAAUAUCUACUUUAUCAGAUAUAUUUUGUAGAUUUGUUGUUUAUUUCUUUUUGCUGUAAAACAUGUACAUGUUUAUAUACAUUGCUGAUUUUGGUGUUAACAUUUUGGCUGUAUAGUGUAAACUGGAAUGUAUUCAUGUUUACAACAACAACAACAUUUAUUUGGUAAUGUGAGUCUACCUGACCAAAAUACAACUUAUGAUUCAUUGCAUAAGGCAAAGUUGUUAAAAGAAGUAAAUGUUUGGCCCUUUGUCCCCGGCAGACUAUACAGUGGACAAUGUUUGUGUCCUAACAUUUGUUUGUGGGGCCUCAUGCCUGUCUUUGACACAUUUCUAGCUUAAUUGCAAGUUGUUGCUUAACUGACAUUACUGCUAUAAAAUAUUGAUAAGACUAAAUGAUGCAAAUUAGAUUUUUGUUCAGAGUAUGUGAGCGUACUGUAUUAUGAUGCUUAGUUUUGUGCUAUUUUGUGCUAUUUUCUCCCUAUGUUAUUUGUCUUCAUUGAUUAUGGUAGAGUUACAGGUGUAUAUUGGUGUAAAAAGACAGCUCCCUUCACAUAUUUAGUUAACUAGGCAAAAAGGCUACAAACUAUAAAUGUGAAUAUUUUUUAGAGAAAAAACAUUUGAAGUACACAUUGUUUACUUAAUUGUUUCAAACAUUUAUGGUUGGUACCCAACUGAAAUGUUUUAAUUUGCUGUGCACAUGUAUUGCUGUGGGACUUUUUUUAUAAACAAAACUAAUUUCAUAGUUGUGCUAGAACAGCUUUCCUAAAUCCAUCGUUCAAAAGAGACCAUAGAGGUUCUAAAUGACAUUCAGAGUGAUAACACAAUGCCUGCUAAAGGGUUUACUCUACAAUAUAAAACCCAUUAACCCUUUCCUGCUCAAAAGCAAAGUGAAUUAGGCUAAGUGCAACAAGCAUAAAACCUGAACAGUCCACCAGUGACAUGCAGGCUGUUCUGGUUUUAUGCUGUUUGCUGUUCAUCAGUUUCUUAGAGUUGGAAAUGUAGCCUUUGAAACCUAUUAUCUAUAAAGAAAGGUCUUUAAUUUAAUUUUCAAAGGGAUUUCAAAUGUUUCAAAAUACAUAUCUGUGCGGUAAUAGGUUAUUCUUGGGAUACAAAACGACAUAACCAAGCGGAGCCUUUUUAAAUCUUUCCAAAAUCAUGCGAGCUAUAAUUAUCUGAUUGCAACUAUCAUUUUAAUUCAAAAGCAGUCAGCAUUGUUCCUGCCUAAAACUAAAUUAAGAAUUUUUUUUAGGACAUUUGGAACAUCCAUAGUUUGACUGGUCCCGGCCCACACAUCAGUCCCCAGGGGCCCUAGUGUACUAGUGUUUGUGAAGGGAGCUGUCUCAGUGUAAUUUCUUGUCAAUUCCAACAAAGAUUUGCCGCUUGUAUAGACCCCACCCACAGGCAGGCUGUCAAGGUGGGUGUACUGCUCAUUGAAUGGGAUGGUAGUCUUACAUCUGGCGAAACUCUCAAAUAUAUAUUUUUUUAUUCUGAAAUUUGAUUUUUGGAAUUGACUGAAUACGUUUAGAUAUGUGAAAUUAGAUCUGCAUCAGGCAUAUUUUCUCUGAAGUUGAUGAUUUUCGUGCUUAUUUUGUGAAAUAAAGAAUAAAAUUGCAUACAACAAAACAUACAAGCGCAAUUAAACUACUGAGCCAUCUCUAUUCAUUCUAUUGUUUACAAGUAUUGUUUCUAAGGUAACCAGUAAGAUUACUUGAGGUUUUCCAUUGAGCAGUAGACCCAAAGAAGCCCAUGAUUGAACUAUUGGACGGGACAUUCAUUUCUCAUGUGUGUAAUGUACCCAUAGUGGAGUUUUAUAUAUAAUGUGCAUAUAAUGUUGCAAACGUUGAAGUUAGCCUAAUUGUCAAUGUUGUUUGCUAUAAAUUGUUGCUUUAUACAUUUUUUUUAAUGGCUUCAUUGUAUAUUAUAGUUUUACAUAUAAUGUGGCUUGUAUACAGUGAUCAGUGCCAUGUCCAGCUGAUUUGGUAACUGAGUACUGCUUUAUAAAUAUCCGUCCAUGACUUAUUGUAUACAUUUUUAGAGUGAUGUACAAUUUAAGUACUGUUAUAUGCAUGAGUUGUGAUGAACAUUGCAUUAUAGCGCAACCUUUCACUUAUUUUUAAAAUUUGUAAAUGCUGUAUUACUGACAUUUGUUAAGGAUACGGCUCUCAACAAAGCUGUGUUGGUUUAUGCAAGUUAUUAUAAACCAAAAUGUGCAAGUUGGCUUAUAUCAAUAAAAAUUUUAAUAGUU